GCCUAGAAAAUUUACAAUUACAUUGGAGGACAUAUGACUUACUGCUCUGUACUUUAUAAUUUAUAAUUUACGUAGUAAUAGAUAUCGAGAUGGUAGAAUAUACUUCGUCUAUAUAUAAAAUAUAGGGAAAACUACAAUAAACGUACUUGUGGUUUGAGGUGUUUUCAAUUAGGGGCAUGAGAUUCAUUUCUUAACAACCAGAGGCUCGUGAAUUUACUCCGUUAUCUCACCCGGGGCACCCACCCAUACGACGUUAGUUAGCGCUGAUGUGGCAUCAUUUAUUUGGCCACAUCCUGUCCAGCACAUCAUUAGUUGGAAUUCCAUUAAACACGCAUCACUUACCUCCUUUAAUCUAAAAUUUAGGUUUACCAACGAAUUAAAAUAACAGGGUUGCCGCCGGUAAAGUGAAGUGGAAGUCAGAAUAGAAGGACGACUUUGGUGGGGAAGUGAGAUUAGAAGUCGGACCUUCUGUAAAACGUUGGAAUGACAGAAUAUGUUAACUUGUUGAUUCACCAUGGUGGUAAAUGGGACUGUGCGAAAAGGAAACAAGAAUAUUUGGGAGGUGAGGUCACGAAAAAGGAAAAGGUAGACAUUGACUACAUCAGUAAAUUCGAACUACAUGGGUUUGCAAAGGACUUGGGGUAUCAAGAUGGUGUACAAAUCUGGUUUAGAAGGUUGUCAAUUAAAGAUGUGAGUGGGUCAGUUGGUUUGCAGAAAAUUGUGUGUGAUAAAGAUGUACACGAGAUGCUUCUUGACAACAUAAUGGACCCCUACAUUGAAUUGUAUUUUGUAUCAAAGAAGAGUACAAAAGGGAAAGGGAAAGAGAAAUUAACAGGAGGCCCCUCAAUUCCUUCACAAAGUACAGAUGCAGCCCAUACACAAAGUCAAAGUGCAGAUCCAACCCCUACUUCUACACCAGCCCAAACUUUACAACCUGUCAUUGGUGUGGAGUCAGCCCACACUCCAAUUAAUUCCCAGACUGAAGAGGUAAUUCCUACAUUUCUACAACUACAAUUCCACACAAACAGUGAAGAUGAAGAAUACCUACAGUCAAGGAGUGUGAGUGAAAGUUCAUCUGAAGAACAGUCUGUUUCCCACAUUAGUGAAGCUAGUUGGUUAUAUGCUGAUUUAGAAUGGAGUGAAGAUGAGGUGUUUCAGGAUGUGAUUAGUGAGGAUGAACAACUUCAGUUGCAAAAGCAUGUGGACCAAGUCAAUGAAGAACCUGUGAAUGACCAGGAAGACUUGGAUGACUUACAAGAGUUCAAUGAACAGGUUGCCUACAGUGAAGAUCUACACAGCUACAAUGGAUCUGAAAAUGUAGAUGGGAAUGUACCUGAGUUUAAUUCAGACAUUGGAUCUAAACACCCUGAUUUGUGCAAAGGUAUGAGAUUCACCUCACAUGUGGAAUGCAGAAAAGCUCUAAAAGAGUGGGCUGUUAAAGGUGCUUUUGAUUACACGUAUGUGAACAACAGAAGAUCUAACAUCACUGUGGUCUGCAAAAAUAAAGAAACUUGUUCAUUCCGGAUACAUGCUUCUAAAAUGAGUGAUCCUGGAUAUUUCCAAAUUAAGACUUUCAAGCCCAAGCAUGAAUGUUCCUUUAGUAAUAGAAACAGUCUUGUGACAAGCACAUAUUUGAGUGAGAAAUACCUUGAUGAGUUGAGAGAAAAUCCUAACUGGGAUGUUGGUGCAAUGCAAAAGAUCAUACAAAGGCAGCUUAGGGUGCAUGUGAGCCUAGCCAUGUGUUAUAGAGCAAGAGUGAAAGCAAAGGCCAAAAUUGUUGAUGACAUUGCAGACUAGUAGGGAUUAUGCUGCAACAGUUUUGAAGUAUAAUCCGGGUAGUCUGGUGAAGCUUAAAACUGAACUGUCUGAGGAGGUCCAACCAGCAGCUGAAGGAGUUCCUUCAAUACUUAAAGAGGUGACAAUAUUUCAGUACAUGUAUAUGAGGUUCACAGCUCAGAAAAAAGGGUAUUUUUCUGGUUUAAGACCCCUAAUUUGCCUUGAUGGGUGCCAUGUGAAGACUUCUAUGGGAGGUCAACUUCUGUGUGCAGUUGCCAGGGAUGGAAAUGAGAAUAUGUUUCCCCUUGCUAUUGCCUAUGUUGACAGUGAGGAUAAAACUUCAUGGACUUGGUUCCUCCAAGUUCUUUUUGAGGAUUUUGGAAGGCCAGAAGACACAAAGUGGGUGUUCAUGUCUGAAUGUCUGAUAAACAGAAGGGGUUAGUGGAGGAUUUUAAGGCAGUGAAUCUCUCCGAUGAGCACAGAUAUUGCUUGAAACACAUGUAUGAGAACUACAAGAAGGUUUUUAGGGGUGGAGAGUACAAGAAGAAGUUAUGGGUUGCUGUAAGCACUAGGAGUUUGAGGUCAUGGCAGAGACAUAUGGAAGGCAUAAAAAAUUUUGAUGAGGCUUCCCACACUUGGUUAAUGCAGUAUGACCCGAGGACUUGGAGUAGGGCACAUUUUUCACCACAUACACAUUCUGAUGCUCUACAAAACAACAUCUGUGAGUCUUUCAAUUCUUAUAUUCUUAGAGCAAGAGAUUUGCCUAUCCUAAGCAUGUUUGAAUGGAUUAGAAAAAGGUUAAUGAAGAGAUUUCGUGUCAAGUACAUUGGGAUGCUGAAAUAUAAGGGAGAUAUUUGUCCUAACAAACGGGACCUUAUAGAAAAACUGAAGUAUGAUAGUAGGAAUUGUUUUUGCACUCCAGAUGGUGACAAACUGAUAUGCACUAGUUUGUAGUGCAUAAAUGUAUGUUUUUAUAUUUAUUCUGUGUGGAUUGUUUACCGUUUUUAGUUAGUUUUUAAGCAAUCAUCUUCAUUUGUUUGUAAUUGAUCUUAAUCAUUUUUAGUAAGUUGUAAAGUAGUAGUAGAGUUAUUGGCAAGGAAAAGAAGUGAAAAGAAGAAGAAAAAUACCCAGGUGCACAGACCCGGUCGGGUCUGAUUUAACAGAUGCAGGUACUCAGGAAAUUACAUCACCCGGUCGGGUGAGGUAUUUCACCCGGUCGGGUCCGACUUGACCCGGAACACCAGAACGUGCCGAAGAUCGCCAGAACGUGGAGGAUAUUUGAUUUUGACAUGCACCCGGUUGGGUGGGCACUUUACCCGGUCGGGUACCCGGCCCAAGGUGUUGAAAAACACCUAUAAAUAGCACACUUUUCCUUCACUAUUUUUCAUCCCUCCUUCCAUACUCUAAAGCUCAGUUUAGAAUAGUAUUUCUUUUAUAUUUUUAUAGCAUGUUUAGUCUCCAAAUGAGGAGCUAAACUCUUCCAUCUUGGUUUUGCUCCUUUGAAGCUUAAUGAAUUUGUAAGUUGUGAG